UUCGUCCUCUCGUCGCUGAACUACAGUUACGUUCGCUGUUAGUCGGUGCACCGAUUCCAUCACCACCACCUCGAGUGAAAGUCGACAGACAGUGCGGGGACUAGGUACGGUGUGAAUACUAACAAGAGUGACAACAAUGGAAAAUCGGCUCAGCUUUGUUACAUCUGGGGCUUUUCUAAUUAUUUUCGCUGCUACCCUUGUCGUGCAGCCUGUUAAUGGUUUACAAGCAUCGACGAGACCUCAACACGACAAGGUAGUCGUGUGUUAUGUUUCCUCAUGGGCGAUCUACAGACCCAACAAAGGACAGUUCGGGAUCGAGCAGCUUCAGGCCGAGCACUGUACCCACCUGGUAUAUGCCUUCGCCGGGCUGAAUGUUUCUACAUCCUCCAUUCGUAGCAUCGAUCCAUGGGCAGACCUCGAGGAAGGCGGUGCUAGAGGAGGAUACAAGAAUAUGACCGAACUCCGAAAAAAGCAUCCUGGACUCAAAGUGAGCAUAGCUAUCGGGGGCUGGAACGAAGGCAGUGCGAACUACUCUGAACUAGCGGCUUCUCCGCAAAGGAGGCAAACUUUCGUCAACAGCGCUGUUGAGUUCGUUAGGAAGUACAAUUUCGACGGACUCGACCUCGAUUGGGAAUUUCCUGCACAACGAGGCGGGGCUCCUUAUGACAAAGAAAACUUUGUCCUCCUUGCUAAGGACCUGAGCACCGCCUUCAAGAGCAGGGGGCUUUUGUUGACGGCGGCAUUUGGGGCUGGAAUCGCGACUAUCAAUGCUGCUUACGAUGUUGCCCGACUCUCCGAAUACCUUGACUACAUCCACGUGAUGGCCUACGACUACCACGGGGCAUGGAAUAUGAAGGUUCUCUCCAACGCGCCCUUGAGACGCGCCGCUGACCAACUGAGUGUCGAAGACUCGAUUCAGCAUUUACUCAAGCUUGGUGCUCCCCGGAGAAAAUUGGUUCUUGGGCUACCGACCUAUGGACGCACCUUCGUUCUUACCAGUCUCCUAAGUAGCCCGAACGAUAGUCCGAUCGGUGCCGAAGCCAUGUCCACAGGGUUUCAAGGUCCUUAUACUCGAGAGAAUGGUUUUAUGGGCUACAACGAGAUCUGUAGCGAACUGGCGAACGAAAAGAAUGGGUGGCGAACGGGUUGGGACGAGGCCAGUGCGACGGCAUGGGCAGUCAAGGAGGACAAAGCUAUUACCUUCGACAACCCGAAGAGCAUGAUGAUGAAGGCUGAUUAUGCCGCGGAAAUGAAGUUGGCCGGCGUAAUGGUGUGGAGUAUUGACACUGACGACUUUUUGGGAACCUGCGCGAAGAUUAACGCCGAACAAUUGGACCCUCUUUUCGGAUCGGAUUAUCCUCUGAUGCGUUCGAUAAAUUUUGCUCUAUCUCGAGCCCCGAGUAGCCACGACAGUAAUGACAAUCUCGUUCCGGACGACGUCAAACCGCAGUCAGCGGCUGCCCAGCAGGCCGCCUUGAGCAGCGUCAUUUUAAUCACCUCCCUAGUGUCGAGUCUGUGCUAAUGAUACCUAUUUUAUUUCAAGCUGCAGACUCCUUACUGCAAAGCUGAUUACUAUUUUUAUAGCCUGAUCUGGUGAAAUUUUCCAGGGAAAGAACUUUUUUUCCUUCUCUAUCAGCU